AUGAAGGCUUCAGCAACCCUGCCCAACUUCUCAUUCAAGAAAGAUGCGGGACCUGCCCCUGGCUUGCCGCCGCUGGAUAAGCCGCUACAUCAGAUCUACGGCCGCCGGUGGACAACAGAAACCAAGCGAUAUCUGCAUGUCCGCAACGAGCGCCGGUGGCUGGCCUUGAAACACAAGCACCAGUUCUUGGACUUCUCUCCGCAAGAGAGGGUCGAACUCCGACGCUAUUUCGACGAGCUGGCAGGCCCAAACGGAAGGAUCACCCUUGAGCAGCUGGAGACGAUGUUGAUCUCGCUCGGGCUUGCGGAGAACCCCAGGGAAGUGAGGUUUUUGGCAGAUCAAGUCGACGAUCUGAAUGUUGGAGAAUUGGAUUUCGAGCAGUACCUGGAGCUGGUCCUUGGAAAAACGAACUCAAACCUCGUGACCGUAUUUAUGCAGAUGGCCUGUGGUAAGCUGGGAAAUGCGAAUCUCAACUUCAAGACGCUGAUCUCAGCAUACCGGCGGCAGCUCUUUCUUGAUGCCUCUGGGGCGCAGCCUGCUUGCACUUUUGUAGGAUCCCCUCCCUCCAAGAAUCACCCAGGCUCACGCCCCCUAACAAUGAACAUCAACCGUAAUAUCACGGUACUGUCUUGGUGGCAGUUGGUGUUGGGGCUUAGCCUUUGUAGGAUUUGUCUGGCCGACUAA